CCAAAAUAGUCCCCUGCUUAUCCUCUCCCCACUGGCUCCGGCAAGGCGGCGACGGCGGUGGCCGCCUCGUUGAGGCUAAUGCUUCCGCUCCUCGCCUGUCGCCUCUAUUCGCUUUCCCCUUCCCGCUUCCCUGCCGGAUCUCCCCUGCCGCGACCCUCACUCCAGAGAUGCUUAGCCGCGGUGUUUAGGCAUGGCGAUGCUGCCCGGCGGCAGGGCGGGGGUAACCGGCGCGGCUCAUGUUCCAUGAUGAGGAUCGAAGUGCGAGGCCUCAGACCACGGACGGCCUCCUCGCCAUUCUCUUGUCGGCGGCCUCCCAUCCCCGUCCUGGCUGCUUCGAAGAUCAUCCUCCUCGUCGCCGGGCGUCAUCUGAAUUUUCAUGCUUGCUUUGAAGAUCAUCCAUUUACUCAGCAACACCUUUCAGCACGCAUUGUAUGUGAGGAGUUGUAGAGAUCAGCACAGAGAAAUCCUAAAGAAGGUCAACUGUACAAGGGAAUAUAUUGCAAUACUGAAGCUACCGCACAUAGAAGCUCCAUUGCCCCCUGUGGAAUCAUAGCUUGGAGCCUGUUCCAUGGCAAACACAGCUUCACUCAUGGGCCAUUGCAAUAAAAUUCUGAGGGUGAAUAAGCAAUAUGUUUUCAUGGAAGAGUGAAAGAGCACACUUGGCAAGCGUGUUUAUGUAAAGAACUUUUAGAAUGGGGCUUUGAUUGGUGGUGGAAGGCAUGAUCCAAACAAACUUGUAAGUGUAGUUUAACUUGUCACUGGACUGGGCUAUCCUAUAUCUCAUAGUCUGUCAAAAAAAAAGAGACACAGCUCUAGUUUUCAGCAUGUCAAAAAAUUUUGUGCAUGUCUUGCAAAUUUCGGUUACCUGCUUUUCGGUUUCUGCCUUUUGAAAGCUGAGUAAGCAGAAUGACCUGAGCUUGUGGAUGCAAAAUGUGGCGCUCCUGACCUUCUGGAAGCUGUGUAUAGAAGGAUCCAGGAGCGUCUCCAAGCAGAAGACUGCAGGAACUGGGCCAAUGUUGCUCUGCUGUGCUGCUGAGGACUGCCAACAUCACAUCAGCAUACACGAUCCUUACCUUUAUUGUUUCCCAGACGCUCUGAAGGACAGGACUGGUUCAUUGGGACAUUUUCUUCACCAGGGACGACAAUGCCACCAGUGAAUAGUAAUGCAGCUGGACCAAGCCCCACCCAGGAUGGUCCGGCAGACACCACGAAGAAGCGCAACAAGCCUCAGUAUAAUCAAUUUACUCGGCAGGAGCUUCCAGCAUGCAAACCUGUACUUACUCUUCCCGUUACUAUUGCUAUGAUUGCGCCUGUGGGCAUAAUUUUUAUUCUGAUAGGUCUUGGUUGCAUCGCGACCUCAAAUAAGGUUGUUGAAUUGGCAAAUCGAUAUGAGACUGCAUGCGUGCCGGAAAACAUGCGCAACAAUCCAGUUGCUUAUAUCCAAAAUCCUUCAGAGGAUAAGUCCUGCACAAGAGUUCUCAAGGUCCCUAGGGAUAUGAAGAAGCCGAUUUACAUAUACUAUCAACUCGACAGGUUCUACCAGAACCACAGACGGUACGCGAGGAGCCGUAGCAUCAGGCAGCUGAGCGACCCCAAGAUGGCAUCUGCAGACUCAAGACUCUGCAAGCCUGAAGCCACCGCGGACGGAGGCCCCAUCGUCCCCUGCGGGCUCGUGGCGUGGAGCCUGUUCAACGACACCUACAGCUUUGCCCGCGGCAACGAGACGCUGGAGGUGGACAAGCGUGGCAUCUCGUGGAGGAGUGACAGGAAUCGCCUGUUCGGCAAGCAUGUGUAUCCCAGGAACUUUCAGAGCGGGGGACUCAUCGGCGGCGGGACGCUUGAUCCAAGAACACCUCUGAGCGAGCAGGAGGAUCUGAUGGUGUGGAUGCGGACGGCGGCGAUGCCGAAGUUCCGGAAGCUGUACGGGAGGAUCGAGGUGGACCUCCGUGCCGGCGAUCUGAUACAAGUGACGGUGAUGAACAACUACAACACCUACAGCUUCGGCGGGAGGAAGGCGGUGGUGCUGUCGACCGCCGGCGUGCUGGGCGGCAAGAGCACCUUCCUCGGCCGCGCGUACCUGGCCGGCGGCGCGGCGUGCCUCGGCCUGGCGCUGGUCCUCGCGCUGCUCUGGCUCCUUGUCCCAAUCAAGGAGGAACCCUACCUCGGGCCUGCACGACGAUGACCGCGCUUCCAGUCCACUAGUGCUACGCUGAUCGGCGAUUUCUUCUUUUGGAACUUCGGUUCGUAGCUGUGUAUGCAAUAAUUGCACCCAAAAUUCAACGGUAAUGUACAGUCAGCAGUCACAGAUACUGGCUAUUGACCUGUAAUCUGAUGUCAGUUCUCCAGUAGUUUGACACUUUGACCUGAAA